AUGGGCGCGGGCGCAUCCACGCGGCAGCCGCAGCCGUGGCGGAUCGCGGGCCUCGGCCCGAAGCUCGGCAAGGCCGGCGCGUCGCGGCUCGCCAAGGGCUACGGCGGCGAGGACAUGCUCGACGCGCGCGACGCCGAGGAGUACCUCGCGCUCGUCGCCGGCUGCGGCGCCUGGUCCGCGCUCGCGCGGCUCGCGCCGAGCCGCGAGGCCGCCGUGGAGAUCGGCGCGCUCGACGCGGCGCUCGCGGACGCCGCGGGGCCGUCCGUCGGCGAGGUCGUCGCGUACGUCCGCGCCUACGACCGCCGGAGCUGCGCGGCCUGCCGCGCCUUCGCGCUGAGGAGCGCCGCGCUGCCCGCGGCGCCCGGCGGCCUCGUGCGCCGCGCGGCCGCGGCCGACGCCGUCGUCUCCGGUCUGCUCUCGGAGACCGCGCGGCUCGCGGCGGUGGCGGGCCGCGGCGGCAACGGCAAGUCCGUGCUCGCCGCGAGCUGCGUCGCGGACCUCGCGGGGCACUUCGUCGACGGCGUCGCCUGGGUCGCCGUCGGCCAGUCCGCGGCGCCCGCGGCGGUGCUCCGGUCCGUCGCCGCGAAGCUCCUGGGGCCCUACCGCGCGGCCGCGCUCGGGACCGCCGCCGCGCUCCGGGCCGCCGUGAAGCGCUACUGCGCGUCGCGCGCGUGCCUCGUGUGCCUCGACGACUGCUGGGCGCCGGAGCUCGCGGCCUCGGCGCUCAAGCUCCUCGGCCCGCGGAGCCGGCUCCUGGCCAAGGACGCGCUCGGGCCGCUGGCGACGGACGCGGCCGCGGCGGUCGUCGAGCUCGACAAGAUGGACGCCGGCGAGGGGCUGGCGCUCCUGCGGUCCGUCGCCGGCGCGGUCGACGGCGCCGCGGGCGCGCGCGUCGUCGCGGGCGCGCGCGCGAGCCCGCUGUGCCUGAGCAUGGUCGGCGCGGCGCUCGCGAGCGGCGCCGAGGCCGGGGCCGUCGCCGACGCGCUCGAGGCCGCGGGCGACGGCGGCUACGGCUUCGCGGACGCGUCCGUCGCCGCGGCCGUCGCCGCGCUGCCCGGCGCCGCGCGGGAGAAGUACCUCGCGCUCGCGGCGUUCCCCGACGACUGCGACCUGCCGGCGGAGGCGCUCGACCUCUUGUUCGGCGCGGCGGCCGACGACGUGCUGGAGACGCUGUGCGCGCGGUCCCUGCUCCGGAGGCUCGACGGCCGCGCCUACGGCCUGCACGACCUCCAGCUCGACUGGCUGCGGAAGCAGCGCGCGCCCGAAGAGGCGCACGCGGCGCUGCUCGACGCGGUCUACGGCGGCCUGGCGCGCGGGUCCUCCGCGUACCCGCGGGACGGCGGCCACCUCGCGCGGCACGGCGCGUUCCACUUCCGCGGCGCGGGGCGCGCGCGCCGCCUCGCGGAGCUCUACCGCGACCUCGCGUUCGUCGAGCGGCUGCUCGGGGACGCGCCCGUCGACGUCGUCGUCGCCGACGCCGAGGCCCUGCUGGAGAGCGGCGCGCUGGAGGGCGACGCGGCGGCGAGCCACGGCCUCGUCGUCGGCGUGCUGCGGCUCGCCGCGGCCGCGCUGCGCGUCGGCGGCGCGGGCGAGGCCGGCUUCCAGCUCCGCGCGCGGUGCCCCGAGGUCUACGGCCGGGCGGGUGCCUCCGUGCUGGCGCUGGCGAGCCCCGGCGGCGCCCUCCUCGCGCGCGCGGCGGCCGCGCCCGGGUCCCACGCGAAGUGCGUCGCCGCGGGCCCCGGCGUCGCCUGCUGCGGCUGCUCCGACGGGCGGCUGCGGGUCUUCGACGCGAAGGGCGCCGAGCUCUGGUCGACGCUCGUCGCGACGCUCGACCCCCUGCGCAAGGUCGUGCUCUGCGUCUGCGUCGACCGCCGCGGCGCGUGGCUCGCCGCGGGCUCCGCGGGCGGCGGCGUCGCGCUCUACGCCGUCGCCGACGAGGGCGCUCCGAGCUGGACGGCGCUGGGCGACGACGGCGGCAAGUCGCCGAGCGUCACGGCCCUCGCCGCCGCCGUGCUCCCCGGGACCGGCGGCGGCGUCGUGCUCGCGGGCAAGGACGACGGGUCCGUGUCGCUGCUCCUGGAGAACGGCACGGUCAUGGACGACUACGCCGACGGCCACGGGAAGGCCGUCUCCGCCCUCGGCGCCGACGACGGCUACUUCGUGUCCUGCUGCGCGCGCGAGGGCGAGGCCGCGGUCUGGGAGAACGGCGACGAGUCGUGCCGCUUCGGGAAGAAGGGGACCAACGCCUUCGAGGACGUCGCGUGCGUGCCGGGCGCGCGGCGCUUCGCCGUGGCCUGCUCGAGGAGCAAGCAGGUGCUCGUCUACGCCCUGGACGGGUCGGGGAGCACGCACGAGCUCGCCCUGCCGGGCGCGGCCUGCGUCUGCGUCGCGGGGCGCGAGGACUCGAUCCUCGUCGGCGCGGGCGGCCCCCUGCUGCGGCUCUGGGCGUCGGGCCGCGCGACGUCGGGCGAGUGGACGGGCUCGGGCGGCGAGUGGAAGGGCGACAACCGGCGGGCCGUCAAGGCUUUGGCGGCCUGGGGGGACGUCGUCGUCGCCAUCAACGGCAAGGGCGCGCUCGACGUCUACGCGGCGGACGCGCUGGCGGCGAAGACGGGCCUCGCGCACGUCGGCCACGAGGGGCCCGUCGUCGCCGUCGCCGCCGUCGCCGGCGGCUUCCUCACGGCGUCGGCGUACCCGGACAACGCGCUGAUCCUCUGGUCCCCGGACGGCGAAAAGGUCAAAAGCUACGAGACCAGGGGCGAGAUCAAAUGUCUCGACGCGUGGGAAAGCGGCGACUUCUUCGCGACGGCGGCCUUGAACUGCACGGCGCGCGUCGUCGCCACGGCCUCCGACGGGAGGGACGCCGUCGUCCUGGACCACCCGGCGCCCGUGCUCGCCGUCGCGUGCCUCGACCACGUCCGCGCGCCGAACACGAUCCACGAGCUCCGGCUGCGCGCGAUCGUCACGUCCGCCGGCGACAAGAAGCUGCGGAGCUUCGGCACGGCGACGGACGGCGCCUGGGAGCCGCGACGAGAGAUCCCGAACGCCGAGGCCGUGUCGCUCCGGCGCGUGGCCGGCGACGUCGUCUUUGCGGGCGGCAAGUACCCGGAGACGCGGCUGACCGUCUGGCGCGUCGGCGACCUCGCGGACCCGCCGGCCGCCGCGCCGCCGAAGCCCCUCGCGCGGCUCCCGGCCCACGCGUCGGACGCGACGACGCUCGCGGCCGUCGACGAGGACACGGUGCUCUCCUGCUCCUGCGACGACACCCUGCUCGUGUGGCGGCGCGACUCCGGCGCGGACUUCGCGGUCGACGGCGAGCCCGCGUCGCUGCCGGCCGUGGCGCCGCCGCUGGUCGCCGCGUUCGACGACGACGACGCGUCCAAGGACUUCCGGGACAUGCUCGAGGCGCGCGCCGAACACGUGGCUCUCUGCGUCUGGGACGAGAGCCACGCCAUCGCCGGGUCGGCGGCGUGCCCCUGCUCGCUCGUCGUGAUCCACCUCCGGACGCGGACGCGGCGGGGCACGCUGACGUUCGACGCGCCCGUGCUCUGCGCGUCGGCGGCGAACGGCGUGCUCUGCGUCGGCGACCGGGACGGGAACGUCCACUUCGCCAAGAACCUCCACAUGCUCUCCAUCGGCAAGUCGCCGAGCGUGUCGAAGCGGAACCUGUCGCUCACGCACCAGCACGACGACGACGAGCUAGGUUAA